GUUGAAUCACUACCGGAGUUUAUUCCAACCGGACAAUUUCGCGGUCUAACAUUGUGUGAAUUGUCUGCGAAAUAAAGUUGCCUUGCUCAUUCUUUUGCUUGUAAGCAUCGAAGUCGAACGAAAGUGUCGAGUUCAAAUCGUAGUUUGCCGUCAGGACAGUGAGGUAGUGACGCGCCAAAUUUGAAAUGAGCUCGGUUGUAAUUAGACUAGCGAAGAGCAGCUAGCAAAAAAGGAUAACUUUUUCUUGAUUUGGCGUCUUGUUCACUGUCAUAAGGGCCCGACGUCUUUAUAUGUAGACCUCCUCUCAAAGAGAUGAGUCGAAAAACAAGAACCGCGGUCCUAGUGGACUACGUGGAUUUGGUUUCAGACGAGGACAGUAACAGCAUUGACAAUGAAGAGGAGUGGAAGCCACCCAAGCCAAAGUCAGUCCCUGGUGUCUCAGCUGCAGGUGAGAAGAGACCCUCCAAGAAACCCUCCAAACCCAGAGUCCCUAAAAGUGAGACUGCCAAGAGGGGCACAAAAGCCCCCAAAGCUGGGCUAAAGGAGGAAAAGCCUGAAAACACAUCAAAUCUACAGGCCGGAGAUGUACAAUCAGGCUCAACAGAGUCUGGACCAAGCGUCAGGACAAAAGAGGAGAGGAUGUCACAUAUCAUCUCACAAUCAGAUACGGGGCCCCCUGAAGUCCCAUCAUUUGCCAACUUGACCGCAAAGAAAGAAGAAGAUGACGACGACUUCACCUUUGAUGAGCCUGCCCUGAAGAAGCAGAAGACAGGCUGCCAAUCGGCUCGCCCGUCCAAACAGCCGCAAUCGGCGAUGAAAGGGGAACUUGAUAUGAACUGGGACCCCAUUGAGGUGCUGUCCACACAGUCGUGCGUGCAGCGUUGGGUUUGCGCUAACAUCGUCACGUUGCUGCGCGAGGAGAACACAUUGCCCUUCAUGGUGCGCUACCGCAAGGAGAUGAUCAAUCACAUGGACGCCGACGCUGUGCGGGAUGUCCAGCUGGUCUACGGAGAGCUGUGUGCUUUGGCAAAGAAGACCCAGUCUGUGAUCACCACUCUAAAAAAAGACGGCCUUUUGACUGCUGAACUUGAAAAAAGCCUGAGGAGCUGCCGAUCCGCCGAUGAACUGGAUCACGUGUACACGCCUUACAAGAAAGGAUGCAAGGUAACCAAAGUGAGGAAGGCAAAAGCACUGGGCCUCGAGCCAGCUGCCACUGCUCUGAUCGAGGCGCCGCACACGCUGGAUUUAAGGACAUGGGUUCAACCCGGAACAGAGGGUCUCUCGUCUGUGGAAGAGGUGUCAAGCGGCGUGCUCCAUAUCCUGGCCUACACUAUCGCCAAAGACCCCGAAACGCUCACCUACGUGAAAACAUUAUGUGAGAAUGAUGACGUGAGCCUCCAUUCGUCGGUGACCAAGACUGCCCUCAAGGAGAAAGAAGAAAAGAAGGAACCGUGCGACAAUAAGUCGGCGGCUCAGAAAAACAAAAAACAGGAUAUUGACAAGUUUCACCUCUACUUUGACUUCACCAGCACACUCCGGCGUGUCCAGCCUCAUCAGACGUUGGCCAUCAACCGAGGCGAGAGUCUCAAGAUUCUGACAGUCAAGGUGAACAUCCCUGACAGGGUGAAAAAGAACUUUAUAUGCUGGUGCAUCAACAACAGGUGGAAACCAAAAAUGUACGCUCGGGAUGACCAUCAAGCACUUAUCAAGGAUUCAGUGGAGGACUCUUACAAAAGGCUCAUUGCGCCUUUUCUCAGCAGAACAUUCAGAACCAACCUGACUAAAGUGGCUGAAAAAGAGUCGGUCGCCAUGUUUGUGCGAAACCUCCGCCAGCGCUUGUUGGUGUGUCCGGUUCGGGGCUGCACCGUGAUGGGGGUGGACCCUGGCUUCAGACAUGGCUGCAAGCUAGCAAUCCUCUCCCCAACCGGUCAAAUCCUCCACACAGACGUUGUCUACCUGCAUGGCUGCCGCAAUGAUAGAGAAGCGGAGAAACUGCGCCACCUUAUGGUCAAACACAGCUGCGGCAAGGUCGUCAUCGGCAAUGGGACGGCAUGUCGCGAGACUGAGGCCUUCUUCGCUGACCUCAUCGCCAAGUGCUACUUUCACCCCCUGGACGUAUCCUACUGUAUCACCAACGAGGCCGGCGCAUCCAUCUACAGCGUGAGCCCCGAGGCGAUUAAAGAGAUGCCCGAUUUGGACCCGAACCUCCGAAGUGCAGUGUCCAUCGGAAGACGCGUCCAGGAUCCACUGGCGGAGCUCGUGAAGAUCGAUCCAAAACACAUCGGCAUCGGAACCUACCAGCACGACGUUUCAUCCUCCGCUCUGAAGGCGGCGCUCGACGGCGUGGUGCAGGAGUGUGUCAGCUUCGUCGGGGUCGACAUCAACAUCUGCUCUGAGGUUCUGAUGAGGCACGUCGCGGGCUUAAACACAGGAAGGGCUCGGAGCAUCGCCGAAUGGAGAGAGCAGAACGGGCCCUUUGUCAACAGGGAACAACUCAAGCUGGUCAAAGGCAUGGGACCAAAGAGCUACCAGCAGUGCGCUGGCUUCAUCAGAAUCAACCAAACUGGCCACAGCGCCGAGCAUGCGCCACUGCCAAUGCUGCCAGCUAAAGCAGUUGCCAAGAAGGUCAAAGGGAAAUGCAAUGUCAGCGUCGCCGCACAUGUCAACCCUUUGGACCAGACCUGCAUCCAUCCAGAGUCCUACGAUGUGGCACAGAGGUUCCUUUCCCUCAUUGGCGGCAGUGCCGGCCAGAUCGGCAGCGCGCAUCUCAAACAGAGUGUGGAGCAGAAAGUGGCCAAUAGCGGCAUGGACGAACUGUCCAAAAUGCUCGGCACCACUCCUGAGACUCUCGGGCUCAUUGUCGAUGGCCUCACCCAACCUCCCGGCUUUGACAUCCGGCAAGAUUUUGGGCAGGAGGACUUUAAGCGAGGCAUUGUGUCCAUUCAGGACCUACAUGUGGGUGCAGUCCUGACGGGCCGUGUGGAAAACGCGUGUCUGUUCGGGGCUUUCGUAGACAUCGGCGUGGGCCGCUCGGGCCUCAUCCAUAAGAGCAAAAUUACUUUGGACAAACUGCCCGUUGGCCAGCGCCGCCGCAGCUUGGCCUUGGGACCUGGGGAGAGGGUGGAGGUGCGCGUGUUAAAUGUGGACGCUCAGAAGGGACGCAUCGGCUUGGACCUGAUCCGGCUGCUGCACUGACUUGCACUUCUUUGUUCUUCGGGGAAGACUUGCUUCCUCCAAUGAAUAAAAAAAAUAAUCUUGUUUGUGCUGAUCUACUUUAUCCACUCAAUUUGUGUGUCAAAACCAAGGUGGACACACGUAUUUGAAAUAACUAAAAAUGCCACUGAACUCGUUAGGAAGAUAUACUGUAUAUAUUUGUCCAAAAAAGUGUGUGUUUGCUUUUAAUGUUCAAAUGAUAUAAAAAAUAACUCAUACAACAAAGGUUGUAAUCCACACUGUAAAUGAUGGCAUUUUGAAAAAUGUUUCCUGCUGUCUUUUCGGAAUCACACUUGCUCAAGUUAUUCCCAUUGUGCGGCGGAUCAAAUGCUCUCGCGGGGCUUUAAACGACUCACGGGUCGUAAGUUGACCUCGCCUGCUGUAAAACGCCACGAAGCAGAGACGGAGGAGCGUGUGCCGGAGGACGGAGGGGCGUUGGCUCCAAUGUGGGAGCGCGCACGUCUAUUUUGUAGCCCUGAGGCUUUUUCGGCUCGGUCCCAGACAUCAUUAUCCCGGGACGCUAGCGCACUAAUCAGCUGCUUCAAAAUUAAUCCCAGACUCCCCGUCCGCAUUAUCUCAUUUGUUUGUUUUUAGGAAAGCCGCAGUAAAUAGCAGAUCGCAAAAUGUAAUAGGGGUUGUGAGAAAGCCGCCGGUCCCCUGCGCUGAACUUGAGAGCGAAUGCGGAAUAGCUAAUCACGCUAUAGGCCCGGCCGGCUGCCGCCUCCCCUCGGGCUGCCAAUAGAAUACAUUUUCACAAAGGAAGAUUGGAUUAAGGUUAAUCACAUGCGGCACUUUGCUCGGAGAUGAUCUGGCAAAGAUCACGCGCAAUCAUUUUGACUCGCCGCUGGAUUACAUUUUCAGCUUUUGAUGUUAACUAGUUUUGUCGUCGCUUUGCGGCCGACUCUCGCUUUGCUCUUGUCGUCCCCGUCCCAAAUAUGCGUUGGCACCUUCGCACGCGGCCCUCCGUUUUCUGACAUUGAUCAUGGCUCAAGUCCAUCUCUCUGCGCAAAGCGCUAGCGAGCCUCACUGGUUUGGGAGCUGUUCUAAGAGACUUACCACCUGUGAAAGCCAAAGAGACAAAUCCACGUUGUAAAAGCUGCGGCUGAGCGCGUCCCAACCAUAACAAACGCCACACCGGCAGAGGAAUGUUUUUCCCAGAGUGCCUCGUAAAAAGUUUAAACUCGCAAUAGUCCUCCGGUAAUAAGAUCUGAUACUCGAGCUGGAUCGAGAUGCCUUGACCGAACUAAUGCUCAGUUGACUUCGAGUCCGCCAUUAUUUUUUCCUCCCAUAGCGUCAAGCUUGUUUGAAAUGGCGUCACACCGACGGGAAUAUCAGCGCAGCACAAGCGCUAUUCUCUCGGCAUCAUCAGCACACUUGACGUUCAAGCAAAGCAACACUCGGCCGCUUCUCCGUGGGCGGUAGAAAGGCCUCGGUGUAAAACACGAGCUUUUCGCGUAAGAGGAUCCCGCCCUCGACUAAAAACGGAGGGAAAACACAUCGAUUGCGUUUAUGAACCUUUAAAUCAAACACGAUGGGCCCAACUGCGCAUUGAGGGAUGAUCAUUUUACUAAAUGACGCACCGGGUGGCUUGAAGUGUUACUCCUCCAAAUGGAGCCAUCGACAAAAGUAAUGGGACACCUUGCCGAGAAGUGAAAAUCACUUUUGAUGAACGUGACAUGGCGUUCAACCUCCAAAAGCGUUUUGCCCGUCAAAGUGUGAGUGUACGCGUGCUGGCUGCCGCGUGGGCGUCAAGAGGGAACGCUCAUAAAAGCCACCAUCACUCUGAUGAGGUCACUGCGAGUGAAACCGGAGAAAGCUUUUUUUUUUUUUCCUGCCUCAUUCCUCCAUCUCUCCUCCAGCGCUCGUCCUUCUCGCUUUCACUCUGUGUCUUUGAAAAUGUCACUCAGCACUAAAAAAACCACAUCAAAAGAGACGCUUUACAAAGUGUCACUUGCGAUUUUGUAAACAAACGAGGGAAGAUAAGCGACACAGCCACAUUGGCGGGUGAAUCGAGGAUCCGCUGCUAAUCUUGUUGCUGGAGCAAAACGCUUUACAGAACAUCCAUGUAACAUAAACUAACAUCACAAAACAUUGGCAAUAAUAAU